CCCGGAUUCAUAACAACAGAUGAAAACGGCUAACAAGCUAACCGUGAUUCAGGCUGCUACUUUUUUACGUUUUAUUUUUAACGGUUACGGUCCGUUUACCACAGCGGGGCGUUUUAACGGCGGCAGGACGGCGACGAUAGCUUGACAGCUGUCGUAGCCAAAAGCACCGGGAAACGAAAUGAAGACGGUUACUCCGCGUUCAGGCUGAAGUUUGUUACCGUUAGCAGCGUCGCUUUAAACGUCAACUGCUCGCUAGCCUGCUAUUAGCACACAUACACACUCAUCAUCAUCAUCAUCAUCAUCAUCAACAACAACAACAACAACAACAACAACGGUCCUGUCAGCAGCAGCUGACGCGUUUGUGUUGAGGCGCCGCGAUGGGGAACCAGCUGGCGGGCAUCGCCCCCUCCCAGAUCCUGUCCGUGGACAGCUACUUCUCAGACAUCCACGACCACGAGUACGACAAGAGCCUGGGCAGCACGCGCUUCUUCAAGGUGGCGCGGGCCAAGCACCGCGAGGGCCUGGUGGUGGUCAAGGUCUUCGCCAUCCAGGACCCGUCGCUGCCGCUGACCAGCUACAAGCAGGAGCUGGAGGAGCUGAAGAUCCGCCUGCACUCGUGCCAGAACUGCCUGCCGUUCCAGAAAGCCUCGCUGACGGAGAAGGCGGCCAUCCUGUUCCGCCAGUACGCCCGCGACAACCUGUACGACCGCAUCAGCACGCGGCCCUUCCUCAACAACGUGGAGAAGCGCUGGCUGGCCUUCCAGAUCCUCAACGCCGUGGACCAGGCGCACCGCGCCGGCGUGCGCCACGGCGACAUCAAGACGGAGAACGUGAUGGUGACCAGCUGGAACUGGGUGCUGCUCACCGACUUCGCCAGCUUCAAGCCCACGUACCUGCCGGAGGACAACCCCGCCGACUUCAACUACUUCUUCGACACGUCGCGGCGGCGGACGUGCUACAUCGCGCCGGAGAGGUUCGUGGACGGCAGCAUGUUCACCACGGAGAGCGACCAGAACACGCCGCUGGUGGACCUGACCAACAACAACCAGCGGGGCAGAGGGGAGCUCAAACAGGCCAUGGACAUCUUCUCCGCAGGCUGUGUGAUAGCGGAGCUCUUCACAGAGGGCGUCCCUCUCUUCGAUCUGUCCCAGCUGCUGGCGUAUCGUAAAGGCCACUUCCAGACGGAGCACGUCCUCAUGAAGAUCGAGGACCGGAGCGUCCGAGAGCUGGUCGCUCAGAUGGUGCAGCGGGAGCCGGAGAGGCGUCUGACAGCCGAGGAGUAUCUCAAGCAGCAGCGAGGGAAAGCCUUCCCCGACAUCUUCUACACCUUCCUGCAGCCGUACAUGGCUCAGUUCGCCAAAGAGACCUUCCAGUCGGCGGACGAGCGCAUGCUCGUCAUCCGCAAAGACCUGGACAACAUCCUGCACAACCUGCGAGGAGGCUCGUCUUCGUCUUGGUCUCAGGAACGCAGCGAUGGCGUGCUGAGCUCCCGGGAGGAGCAGGGCCUCAUGGUGCUGGUGUCUGUCAUCACGUCCUGCCUGCAGACGCUGCACUCGUGCGACUCCAAGCUGGCGGCGCUGGAGCUCACGCUGCACCUGGCGCCGCGGCUCGCCGUCGACAUCCUGCUAGACCGCAUCACGCCCUACCUGCUGCACUUCUGCAACGACCACGUGCCCCGCGUGCGCGCCCAGGCCGUGCGCACCCUCGCCAAGGUGCUGGCGCUGGUGAAGGAGGUGCCGAGGAACGACGUCAACAUCUAUCCCGAGUACAUCCUCCCGGGCAUCGCCCACCUCGCCCAGGACGACGCCACUAUCGUCCGGCUGGCGUACGCAGAGAACAUUGCCCAUCUGGCAGAGAGCGCGCUGCGUUUCCUGGAGUUGGUUCAGGAAAACAACGUGAACACCGAGCACGACCUGAGCGGCGAGGACACGGAGGAAAUACUCCACCCCAACGAAAACUACGACUCAGAGCUGCAGGCGCUGCACGAGAUGGUGCAGCAGAAGGUGGUGACGCUGCUGAGCGACUCGGAGAACAUCGUCAAACAGUCGCUGAUGGAGAACGGCAUCACGCGGCUCUGCGUCUUCUUCGGCCGGCAGAAAGCCAACGACGUGCUGCUGUCCCACAUGAUCACCUUCCUCAACGACAAGAACGACUGGCACCUGCGCGGCGCCUUCUUCGACAGCAUCGUGGGUGUGGCGGCGUACGUCGGCUGGCAGAGCUCCUCCAUCCUGAAGCCUCUCCUCCAGCAGGGGCUGAGCGACACCGAGGAGUUCGUCAUCUACAAAGCUCUCAACUCCCUCACCUGCAUGUGUCAGCUGGGUCUGCUGCAGAAACCUCACAUCUACGAGUUAGUCAUUGACAUCGCUCCGUUCCUGUGUCACCCCAACCUGUGGAUCCGUUACGGGGCCGUGGGCUUCAUCACCGUCAUCGCACAGCACCUCAACGUGGCCGACGUCUACUGCAAACUGAUGCCCCACCUCAACCCCUUCAUCAUGCAGCCCAUCAUCCAGAUCGAUAAGGAGCUGGUCCUGCUGAGUGUCCUGAAGGAGCCGGUCAGUCGCUCCAUCUUCGACUACGCGCUGCGCUCCAAAGACAUCGCCAGCCUCUUCCGCCACCUGCUGCUUCGGCAGAAGAAGCGCCAAGGAUCCAUCCCAGAAUGCCCCACUCCCGAGGACCCGGCCAUCGCACAGCUCCUCAAGAAGCUGCUCUCGCAGGGCAUGACCGAGGCGGAGGAGGACAAGCUGCUGGCGCUCAAAGACUUCAUGCUGAAAUCCAACAAGGCCAAAGCCAACAUGGGCGAGCCGAGUCACCUGGGAGAGGCGGCCCAGACCGGCGUCAUCGACCUGGCCGCGCUCUGCAUCACCGGCCGCCAGGUGGACCUGGUUAAACCCAAGGCCGAGCCCGAGGACAAGAGAGCGAGGAAGCACACGAAGCAGGACUCGACGAUGAACGAGGAGUGGAAGAGUAUGUUUGGGUCUCAGGAGCCGCCCUCCGCCCAGCCAUACGGUAAACCCCACUCCCCGUGUUUAGGAAGUUUUGAUUUUACCCAGAGUCAUUCUGCUCUGAGAAAACUUGAUCGAGCAGUCAGUAAAACGCGGCGUCUGAUGUGUUUGCAGGCUGCCGACGGGCCGGGGAGUCAGAUCAGGAAGAGCGCCGCGGUGCCGGCGGUGCCCGUGCUGCAGUCGGUGGCGAGCGGCCCGGCCUACCAGCGCCGCAUCAACACCUGCAAGGCGGAGCUGCAGCAGCUGGUGCAGCAGAAGAGGGAGCAGUGCAGCGCCGAGCGCAUGGCCAAACAGAUGAUGGAGAGCGCCGAGUGGGAGAGUCGGCCUCCGCCCCCUGGGUGGCACCCGAAAGGACUGCUGGUCGCCCACCUCCACGAACACAAAGCUGCCGUGAACCGCAUCCGAGUCUCGGACGAACACUCCAUCUUCGCCACGGCGUCCAACGACGGCACCGUUAAAGUCUGGGACAGUCAGAAGAUGGAGGGAAAGACCACGACCACCAGGUCUGUGUUGACUUAUUCUCGUAUCGGCGGCAACGUGAAGACGCUGACCUUCUGUCAGGGCUCGCAUUACUUGGCGGUGGCGUCGGAUAACGGGUCCAUCCAGCUGCUGGCAGUCGAAGCAAACAAACCGCCAAAAUCGCCCAAAGUCCAGCCCUUCCAGACCAGGUCUCUGGACCUGAAGGAGGACGGCUGUGCGGUCGACAUCCACCAUUUUAACUCGGGCGCCCAGUCGGUGCUGGCGUACGCCACCGUCAACGGCUCGCUGGUCGGCUGGGACCUCCGCUCCAACUCCAACGCCUGGACGCUCCGCCACGACCUCCGCCUGGGACUCAUCACCUCCUUCACCGUCGACAUGCACCAGUGCUGGCUCUGCCUAGGUACGAGCAGCGGCACCAUGGCCUGCUGGGAUAUGCGGUUCCAGCUCCCCAUCUCAAACCACUCCCACCCCGCCCGAGCACGAAUCAGACGGCUGCUGAUGCAUCCGCUCUACCAAUCAUCUGUCAUCGCAGCUGUCCAAGGGAAUAAUGAAGUCUCCAUGUGGGACAUGGAGACUGGAGAUCGUAAAUUCACCCUGUGGGCGAGCUCUGCGCCACCACUCUCUGAGAUGCAGCCAUCUCCUCACAGUGUUCACGGGAUCUACUGCAGUCCUGCUGACGGGAACCCUCUGCUGCUGACCGCUGGAUCAGACAUGCGGAUCAGGUUCUGGGACUUGGCGUAUCCGGAGCGGUCGUACAUCGUAGCGGGAGGAGCCAACGACUCGCUGCACUGCCCGUCCGUCCUCUACAGCAGGAAGAUCAUCGAAGGAACCGAAGUCGUACAGGAGAUCCACAGCAAACAGAAGAGCGGCGUGGUGGAGGACUCGCCUCGCCGCGGCCCCGAGUCCCUGCCCGUGGGACACCACGACAUCAUCACCGACAUCGCCACCUUUCAGACGACACAGGGCUUCAUCGUCACCUCGUCCAGAGACGGCAUCGUCAAAGUCUGGAAGUGAAGACGCGCCACACACACAAAAACACACACACACACACACACACACACACACACACACACACACACACACACACACACACACACACACACACACACAGGAUACAUGUGUUCCUUGUGCGGUUUCUAAUCUGUGAUGGUUCCAGAAAGUUAUAUCCCGUUAUCUCCCGUUAAUUAAGCAUUUCUAUUUUUCACUGUGGUUGGUGAACACCUCCUCCUCCUCCUCCCCCAUUGGCUGUUUCUGAUGAUGCGUUAAAGCCACGUGUGGCUUCCUGUUCCUCAACCCGUCAUAUGUACACAGCCCGGCAGCUGUCACAGAGGAACACUUUUCUGCCUCGCAUUAUUAAGGUGUGCACUUAAUAUGCUAAUUUUUUGACAUAGGUCUGUUUUUUUUUUAAAGGGUUUUUGGUGCGUUCCAUUUGUACUCUGGUACUCCAGUUCCAAGUCGGAAAUUUCAAAUGGAAAUUUCAAAUGGAAAGCCCCCUGCUAUCGGACUCCCGACUCAGAAAGUUCCCCAAGCAAAGCCGACCUCAAAACCCAACCAGGCUGCUCCGUUCAUCGCUGUAGUAAUGUACACUUUAUCAGCACGUCUGUCUUAUUAUUUGAGUCCAACUUCUUUCUGUCGACAUUUUAACCUAACGACAUAACCUGGCUAGAGCUUACACUCCGACUUGUUGUACUGGCUACGCUCGACUCGGGUGUCUUCCGACUUACCAAAGUCGCACGAUAACACUAACUAACCGACUGAGGCAGCGGUAGAGCAGCCACUCCCGUGCCCUGCCAGGUAAAAAUCAGCAGUCUGGUGGCUUUUGAGGAGAGCGGAGAUAACGGCUUCGGUUCCCCGUCGUAAAGGGCCGUCUGACGCCACGGGAAAGCGCUGAAAAUGUUCUAAAUAUAGCGCGCGCUUAAACUGAAAUAACGCGUUUAGCUGCUGCUCCCGUCCACAGCAGGACGUCGCUUAGCUUCUGUGUCGGUGCUCCCGCCCGCUUCUCCAAACAAGCGGCGCGCCCACCGCCAUCUACUGUAGCUAACACGCUGGUCUCGCUUCGCCAGACCUUCCUCCACAGCGCUGCGGAGGAGGGUCUGGUCUCGUUUUGGUGGAACAUGUGUACGUUCAAAAGUAGUUUUAGUCG